CCCCCUUCGAUUUCAUUGUUAUUAGGUGUCUAUUCAGUCACCAUGCUCGGUCGUUGUAGUCGACAUGCGGCGCGGUUGAUCCCGCGGGCCGCAAGCUCUCUCCCCUCGCAUCUCCGCCCCGUCUCCGCCGCCAUCGCCAGACCUGCUUCGCAAUUGCGGAGUGUAUCCUCCAACAGUGAUGGACAACAACAUCUGCUCUCCGCACACCUCCAGGAAGAGGACCCCACCAUCUACCAGAUUCUCCAGAAGGAGAAAAAACGUCAGAAGCACUUCAUUAACCUGAUCCCGUCGGAGAACUUCACAUCGCAAGCCGUUCUCGAUGCCUUGGGGAGUGUGAUGCAGAACAAGUACUCCGAGGGGUAUCCCGGCGCCCGGUACUACGGUGGAAACGAGCACAUUGACGAGUCGGAGCGUCUCUGCCAACAGCGUGCCUUGGAGACUUUCCGUCUCUCCCCGGAGGAAUGGGGCGUGAACGUGCAGCCGCUGUCGGGCUCGCCCGCCAACUUGUAUGCCAUCUCCGCCCUGCUCAACACCCACGACCGUCUCAUGGGCCUCGACCUGCCCCACGGCGGUCAUCUGUCGCACGGCUACCAGACCCCGACCAAGAAGAUCUCCUUCAUCUCCAAGUACUUCGAGACCUUCCCCUACCGUCUCGAUGAGUCGACGGGGCUCAUUGACUACGACGCCCUCCAGAAGAACGCCAUGCUCUACCGCCCCAAGCUCAUCAUCGCCGGUACCUCGGCCUACAGCCGUCUGAUUGACUACCCCCGCUUCCGCGAGAUCGCCGACGCCUCCGGCGCCUAUCUCAUGAGCGACAUGGCGCACAUCUCGGGCCUGGUCGCCGCCGGCGUGGUCCCCUCCCCCUUCAACUCCUCCGACGUCGUGACCACCACGACCCACAAGUCGCUGCGCGGUCCCCGCGGUGCCAUGAUCUUCUUCCGCAAGGGUGUCCGCCGGACGGACAAGAAGGGUAACCCGGAGAUGUACGACCUGGAGAACCCCAUCAACGCCUCCGUCUUCCCCGGCCACCAGGGCGGGCCCCACAACCACACCAUCACGGCGCUGGCCGUGGCCCUGAAGCAGGCGCAGUCGACCGAGUUCAAGGCCUACCAGGAGACCGUCCUGUCCAACGCCAAGGCCCUGGCUGACCGCCUCGGCAACCCGCUCAACAACGGCGGCCUCGGCUACAACGUCGUGUCCGGCGGCACCGACAACCACCUGGUGCUGGUCGACCUCAAGAACCGCGGCGUUGACGGCGCCCGCGUGGAGCGCGUUCUGGAGCUGUGCGGUGUGGCCAGCAACAAGAACACCGUGCCCGGAGACAAGUCGGCCCUCAAGCCCGGCGGUCUGCGUCUGGGCACCCCGGCCAUGACCACCCGCGGCUUCCAGCCCGAGGACUUCCGCCGCGUGGCGGACAUUGUCGACCGGGCCGUCAUCAUCACGCAGAAGCUGGACAAGGCCGCGCGCGAGAGUGCCGCCUCCCAGGGCGUGAAGAACCCGGGCACCGUCAAGGCGUUCCUGAACUACCUGGGCGAGGGUGAGGAAAUUUCGGACAUUGUGCUCCUGCGACAGGAGGUGGAGGACUGGGUUGGCACCUUCAGCCUGCCGUGGAAGGACGAGUAAAAAGACCGGCACUACUUAGAUUUUGAUGUUUCGGGCGGUGUUUUGUUCACGAUAUCUGUUUGAUGACCCUUUCAAGUUUUUUUUUUUUUUUUU